CCGCGGGAGGAGCGCGGCGGGGCCGGGAUGGCGGCGCGGGCCGGGCGGUGCUGCCGGGCCGGGCUGAGCGGCGGGGCUCUGUUGUCCCAGGCUCUGCUGGCCCAGGCUCUGCUGUCCCGGGCUGCCAGCGGGGUUCCAGCCACGCCUCGAUGGGGACGCGCCGCUUUGUCGUCGGCGCCCGCGGUGAGCGGCAGGGAAGGGCCGCAGGCUCGGGAAGGCUCAGUAAGGAGAAGAGGCAGGACACCACAGUUUGUAAGAUCAGCUGCACCCCCCAGGACAGAGAGGAUGGCUGUGGAUCAGGACUGGAGCAGUGUGUACCCAACAGCAGCUUCCUUCAAACCUGCCUCUGUGCCUCUCCCCAUCAGAAUGGGCUACCCAGUGAAGAGAGGAGUGCCUCCAUCAAAAGAAGGCAACCUAGAGCUUAUCAAGAUCCCCAAUUUUUUGCAUCUUACUCCUCCUGCAAUUAAGAAGCACUGUGCAGCUCUUAAAGAUUUCUGCACUGAAUGGCCAAGUGCUCUGGACAGUGAUGAGAAAUGUGAGCAGCAUUUUCCCAUUGAAGUGGAAACAGUAGAUUAUGUUUCUUCAGGGACUUCUAUUCGGAAUCCCAAAGCAAGAGUGGUGACCUUAAAAGUUAAACUUUCCAACCUGAAUUUGGAUGACCAUGCAAAGAAGAAGCUGAUUAAGCUCGUGGGAGAGCGGUACUGUCAGGAGACAGAUGUACUCACAAUUACAACAGACAGGUGUCCCCUAAGAAGGCAGAACUAUGAUUAUGGCAUGCACCUGCUCACAGUUCUGUACCACGAAUCCUGGAAAACUGAGAAGUGGGAGAGCGAGAAGUCUGAGGAAGACAUGGAAGAGUAUAUCUGGGAAAACAGUCAGUCUCAGAAAAAUGCCUUGGACACCCUGCUUCGAAUAAAAGCCUCAGAGAAUGUCAGUAAUGUCACUAAGGAGGAGCUGCUGGCAUCUGAGGUGGUGAAAAAUUACAGAAACUCCGUCAUUGCGCUUAAAAAUGAAGGUGAAACAGAAAGUAACAUAUCUCAGUACAAGGAAUCUGUGAAGAAACUAUUGAAUAUACAAGCAUGAGAAGAGCAGAUCUCAUUACAGAGAUAUUCAACUACUGUGUUAGUAUUUCUGAUUAUAUGGAUGUAUAAUUAUUCAGAACUUGAGCCAAAAAGUUGAUGAUGAGUUAAGUCCUGUCCAUGAAUCUUGUCUUUUGAAUAAAGUAUGUUUGGAUUCAUACUGGUAA